UUCAACCCAAUGUGUUUUACCGUCGUGUGUGUGUGUUCCUCAAACCUCACACACAGGGAUUUUAGACCAACAUGUAGGUUUGUAACACCACCACCGCAAUGACAAGACUUUCGUUGUCACCAUCUGCUUCACCGUAAACCCGCGACGCUGUUGGCCGUAUUGGAUGGAGGGAGCCGUGAGGCCGGUGGAGGCCGGGGGGAGCUCAUCCUCAGCCGGGGCCGCUGUGGCGGAGGACACGGACACCGUCAUCGGAGUCGGAUACGGGAUAGAAGACAUUGCUGCUAAGAAGAGCUACAUAACUGAGAUGCCGUCCUCAUCCUGCCACCCAGGCUUAGGCCUUGAGAAGAAGAUCGGCCACCGCAGGGUGGAUGCCUCAGGGGAGACCACGUACAAAAAGACGACCUCGUCGGCGCUGAGAGGUGCGAUCCAGCUGGGCAUCGGCUACACGGUGGGCAACCUGAGCUCCAAACCCGAGAGAGACGUGCUCAUGCAGGACUUCUACGUUGUGGAAAGCAUCUUCUUUCCAAGUGAGGGCAGUAAUCUGACUCCAGCGCACCACUUCCCAGACUUUAGGUUUAAGACCUACGCCCCUGUGGCUUUCCGUUACUUCCGGGAGCUCUUCGGGAUUCGACCCGAUGACUACCUGUACUCUUUAUGUAACGAGCCCUUGAUCGAGCUCUCAAACCCCGGAGCUAGCGGAUCCAUCUUCUACGUCACCCGAGAUGACGAGUUCAUCAUCAAAACCGUGCAGCACAAAGAGGCGGAGUUCCUGCAGAAACUGCUACCUGGGUACUACAUGAAUCUGAACCAGAACCCAAGGACCCUGCUCCCCAAGUUCUUCGGCCUGUACUGCAUCCAGUCUGGAGGGAAGAACAUCCGGAUCGUGGUGAUGAACAACGUUCUGCCACGUGUCUUCCGGAUGCACCUGAAGUUUGACUUGAAGGGCUCCACGUACAAGCGCAGAGCAUCCAAGAAGGAACGGGAGAAGUCCAAGCCUACGUUUAAAGACUUGGACUUUAUGCAAGAAGUGCCUGACGGAUUACUGCUGGACACAGACACUUACAACGCCCUGGUCAAGACCCUGCAGAGGGACUGCCUGGUUUUAGAAAGCUUCAAGAUCAUGGACUACAGCUUGCUCCUGGGUGUCCACAACAUGGACCAGGCUGAGCGUGAGCAGCAGACGGACGGUUCUCAGAGCAGCAGUGACGAGAAGAAGCCUGCGACCCAGCGAGCACUUUACUCCACAGCAAUGGAGUCCAUUCAGGGAGGAGCUAGCUGCGGAGACUCCAUUGACACGGAGGACACGAUGGGGGGAAUCCCAGCAGUGAGUGGAAAAGGCGAGAGGCUGCUGCUGUUUAUUGGCAUCAUAGACAUCCUGCAGUCAUACAGACUCAUUAAGAAGCUGGAGCACACGUGGAAAGCGCUGGUCCAUGAUGGAGACACAGUAUCGGUGCACAGGCCAAACUUCUACGCCGACCGUUUCUACAAGUUUAUGAGUUCUACAGUAUUCAGGAAGAGCUCCUCGCUGAAGUCCUCGCCCUCGAAGAAGAGCCGCAGCGCACUCGCGGUGCCCAAACAUAGCGGGCCUGGGGCGGCCUGGUCAGCCAGCCAGCUUCCCUCGGAGCGAGACCACCACAUCUACGACCUGAGAGGAGCACGCAGUUUUCCUGUGCUUGAGAACGAUGGUCUGCAUCCAUGUACUCCUCCAUCAUUUGAGGAGGCCACCACAGCCUCAGUUGCCACCACGCUGUCAUCCAACACAUCGAUAUCGAUCCCGGAGCGGUCCCCGUCUGACACAGCAGAGCACCCCCGUUACAGGAGGCAAACCAUGACUCUUAAGGACAGCGAUGGAAGGAUGGUCGAUGUCCACGAGGAGGACCUGCAGACUAUCACUGUGCAGGUGGAAGUUAAGAGGGCAACAGAUGAUGAGGAAGAGAAAGAAGAGACAGUCAUAGAUGAGAAUGCUGAGUUUGGGGGUGUGAAGGAGCCUGUGAUCUUCUGUACACCUCCUCCUACAGAGAGCAGCAUGCCCGAGGAAAUCGAUGUCCUCUCCCUGCCAGAAAUCAGAGAGACCGAGAUUCUGGACGACAUCAUCCCAGAGACGCUCGACCAUCCACAGACAACAGAUCUCCCUCUACCUGCAUCGCCACCGGCAACCGUCUCUCUUGAGGAGGUCACCCUGGAAACCGGCGCCGGGGCAGACGCAUCAUCGGAGUCAGGAGCUCCUGAUGCACGUGUUCGGAGCUCCACGCGAGGCGGACGGCAAUCCGGGUCCCCCAGCCAGGCGUCUGUAGACGAAGAGGUUGUGCCAAUGACCGAUAUCUAUUUCAGAAGCAGCUUGGAUGAUGUAGUGGAACUGUGAAGGUAACAAUGUGUGUCUGCAUGCAUCAUCAGACCCUGGUUUAUUAAAACUCCAUAUAUAUAUAAAAUAUCUAAAUGUAAACGUGUUCUCACUUGAGAUUCUUUUGUAAUUGAAUUGAAACACUUGGGGGAAAAAAACGUGAAAGUCAGAAUUUUGAAAAACUUUCCAAAUAUUUUAAGAAAUGAUAAUUUUAAUAAAUUUCAACAAAUAUCUUUUUUUUUUUUUCACAGAACCCUAAAAAUCCUUGACAAAAAAAAUGGAUGAAAUGAGUGAAGUAGAAAUUGUGCAACUCUUAUAUAAAUCAAUACAAACAUAGACAUAGAGUUUUAAUAAAUCAGGGUGUGUGCGUGUGUGACUGAGUGUGUGGGAAAGCAGUUUGCUGCAAAACUCGAACACAACCAGCUUCCUGGUUUUAUCUGCGAGACUCAGUCCAGCACCUGACCUGAUCACUGUCCAUCUCAUUGUUUGUUUUACUUUACUGUUUCAGUUCAUUCAGAUCAUUCGAGCUUCAUCAGCAUUCCAUUCACACACAGUCUGCCACUGUCCAUGCUCACACACAUUGAACGCACAACAUACCGUCUCUCCUGUCCAAAAGAUAUCCGAUAUACAGUAAAUCUCAACAUCCUAACAUUAACAUUAUUCUAGCAGGAAACGCCUAAAAAAAAAAACAAAUAAGAGUCCCUUAGUGGAAAAGCUAACGUAACAAACCCCUCCUGCAACCAAAACAGUGAUUCACUGUGUCUUCUGACUCCUUUCUACUGAAAGCAGCAUGAACUUUUUCAGCAGUUUGAGCUACAAUAGCUUCUAUUGGAUCAGACUACACAGGCCAGUCUUCACUCCCCACGCACACCCGUGAUCCUUGGCCCGUCCACGACCCUGACACCAGUUCACCGGUUUUCUUUCCUUGGAGCAAUUCUUUAUAGGUCCUGACCGCUGCAGACGGGAACAUCCCACAAGAGCUGCCGUUUUUUUGAAGUCUUUCUGACCCAGUCGUCCAGCCAUCACAAUUAGGCCCUUAUCAAAGUCGAUCAAAUUCUCACACUUGCCCAUUUUUUCUGCUUCCAACACGUCAAAAUGUUCACUUGGUGCCUAAUGUAUCCAGGCACCAUUGUAAUGAGAUAUUGUAUCUGUAGCUACGCGACAUUAUGACGGCUAGUCGACCGAGUCAGAGCAACUCCAAAACUGCAGCUCUUGUGGGAUGUUCCCGGUCUGCAGUGGUCAAGACAUACCCAACAUGCUCCUAGUAAGGAAACCAGUAUUAGUCUCCGCCACGGGAAAGUCUUUAGGAAUUUGUACUUUCUCAUUUCUCAGGAACACAACAAAGCUGAAAAAAAUUUCCCAUGGAAGUUGUAACAGGAACCGAUGUUUUGUUAAACACAAU